ACCAUCUACCUGUUUCACGCUUUUAUAUAUUACUCCAAAACUGCUUCUUGUUGAGUGAACUUUCAUUAUUAUUUUGAAAGAAAACACUAAAAAAGUUGGUGAAAAUGUGUAAGCAUAAGUGAAAAAAAAUAGCCUUGACUAAGGAAAAGCAAGGGUGUUAAGAAAAUGCUUCAUUUAUGCAUGCCUAUUAGUUGUUUCUUGUCUGUAACCAACCAUUGAUUGCUCUCAAGUUAACGCAUGAUUUCUGGCAGCGUUUACUAUGACUUCUGGGGUGUUCAAAUGGGUAUGGAGGAGUUUGGUACUUGUGAAGUUCCAACUUCAAUUUCAAAAUUUGAGUCACCAAUUGUUGUUUUGUGUGUUUUUUUUUGGACGCUAAAAUAUGGAUUUUUUAGAGCACGAAGAAUCUCAUGUUGUAAUAUUUUGACCUUUUUUAAUGAUAGGCAUGUGAACUUCUGACAUAAUGGAUGUUGAAAUGACAUUAACUUUGGAAAGAUAUCAGUAUGUGUCACAGUAACUUCUCUGUCCCAAAAAUAUUUUCCUCAACUCCAUUAUUUUGGUUCACCUUUAUCUCCUCCUUUUUGCUUUUCAAUUAUAAUACCUUCUUUUGUCUGAGAAACGUUACGGAUUAUUUAUUUCAUGAUAUAAAAGAACAAUUAAGCAGUAAUUAAGUGGUGCUAAUGCUGUUCAACAGCUCUUUAAGUUUUGCCGUUAUGGUACAAUUGUACUCAGUGCAAGUUCUCAGAGACCGUGAUUUUAGUCACGGGAAAUGUAAAUUAUCUCUCCUAACUAUUACGUACAAUCAUCACAUUGUCUUUUUUCUAUAUAAUAAUAUAUAUGUGCAAUAAUACUUUGAAUAUGAAAGCAAAAAAUUAGUUGAAUCUUAUCCUCAUUUGGGUAAAAGAAAAUGGUCUUAUGUGAACACAUUCCAUUUUCAUGGUUUCUUUUUCUCCUAAACUUUUGCCAGCCCACAAAACACGCGUACUGUAGAGGGAUAUAAAUGUCUUAUCUACCAUAUGUUAUUUAAGUUAGGUUAUGUUAUUUUACAUGGACCCAGUUUUAGAGAAGCAACUAUAAGUUGAAAAAUUUAGUGUCUGAAUUUAGCUACAAGAUGUUACUUUCCUUCACCAAUUCUUGGUGUUUUAGUUUUAAGGGUAAAAAAUGUAAUUUUUCUUUUUCCCUGUGACACCCCUUUUGUAAGCAAACAUUUUUCUUUUGUCAUGAUGGUAAAGUUAGAUUUACCAUAUCAGACAUGUUCACUUUCAUAUGGGUUCUGCUGAUAACACUGUUGGCCAAGUACUAUCUCACUACAGGUCUAAAUAAAGGUGUUAGCUAUGCAUAACACAGGGAAUCCUAAGGAUUAUGAAUCAGGCCAACACACAUUUUUAUAAAAAACAAUAUUUGUCAGGUUUUUUUAUGCAUUGGGAGUCACAAUUCAACCGUGAUCUACCCAUGUCCAAUGAUUACCCUACAAAAGCUGUAAUUUAGCUGAAUUUUGUGAAUUGAUUUUACCAUUUCUAUGCAAAACAUGGGAAGUGAAUGAAAUAUGGGUUGAUAAAUAAUUCAUGCUAAAGAAACUGAUAAAGAGGGUGUGCUUAAUUGAGUGAUGGGCCUAUUGCUCUAACGCUCCUUGAAGAGAAGUUGGGAUAAACUAUAAAGUGUUUGUAGAAAUGAUGAGCUUGUUUUCUUGGUGGGAGAUGGUGGUGUUAAAUCAGAGCUUAAAGUUUUUUCCUUUUCAUGAUGGAAUCGGUGAAGCCAUUGGCCGUGACCCCGAGAAAGAAGCUGGCACGGAGUUUUGCGAAGGUUCUUCAUGUGAAAGCACUGAUUGGGAUUGCCUCUGUUGAUGGGUUGAAGAAUGUUAUAUCUGAUGCAAAUCUCAAGGAUGAAGGGAACAUGGGAAAGAGUAAUAAGAGUUCACUGAAUUGGUCCGAGUCUUUCGUUGAAGAUGAUGAUGAAGAGGUUCAGGAGAGAAAGGCCAAUGAAGCUCUUCUAGCAAAGCUUUUUGCUAGCAUUUCAGUUGUUAAAGGUGCAUACGCUGAGCUGCAAUAUUCUCAGUCACCUUUUGACCCUGAUGGGAUCGAAGCUGCUGAUCAAUUGCUAGUGUCUGAGUUGAAGAACUUGUCUGAGCUGAAACAAUGUUUCCUGAAGAAACAGUUUGACCCUUCGCCCGAGCGAGCUAUUCUCGAGGCUGAAUCCAAGGAGCUGCAGGGUGUGAUCAAAACAUAUGAGAUCACGGGGAAGAAGCUAGAGUCACAGGUGCGGCUCAAGGAUUCUGAGGUUAUUUUUCUUAGGGAAAAGUUAGAGGAAGCCAAUAAGCGUAACAAGGCAAUUGAGAAGAGAUUGAAUCAAAGUGGCCAACUAGCAGUGCUUGAUAAUGUUCACAUAUCAGGGUUAAGUCCUAACCAUUUUAUCACAGUUCUUCGGCAUGCGGUUAGGUCUAUCCGCAACUUCGUGAGGGUGAUUGUGGAUGAGAUGAGAUCUGCAGAUUGGGAUGUUGAUGCUGCAGUGAAUGCCAUUGAGCAGGACGUGGUUUAUAUAGCAGAAGAUCACAAGUGUUUUGCAAUUGAGGCAUUUGUUUGCAGAGAGAUGUUCGAUGCUUUCCACUUCCCCAACUUUUCUCUGUCAAAAGAGUCUCUCCCUGAUAGAAGCAGGAGGCAACAGUGGUUCUUUGGGAGGUUCAAUGAGAUGAAAUCCAUGAAAGCAAAGGAGUUCCUCGCAGAGAAGCCAAGAUCAUCAUUUGCAAAGUUUUGCAGGGUGAAGUACUUGAAACUGGUUCAUCCCAAGAUGGAGUCAUCAUUUUUUGGCAACAUGAAUCAGAGAAACCUUGUGAAUGCUGGAGGGUUUCCAGACACUGCAUUCUUCACAUCAUUUGCUGAGAUGGCCAAGAGGGUGUGGCUUCUACACUGCUUGGCCUUCUCUUUGGAGCCACAAGCUUCAAUCUUUCAAGUGGGGAAAGGGUGUAGAUUCUCUGAUGUGUACAUGGAAAGUGUGAAUGAUGAAAUCUUCCUCUAUUCAGAAGUGGAAUCAGAUCCACAAGUUGCUUUCACAGUAGUUCCGGGGUUUAGGAUUGGUAAAACUGUUAUACAGUGUCAAGUGUACCUCUCACAGCACCAAAGCAAGGCAAAAAAAAUCAGUUCCACAAAGCAAAGGUGAGGUAGCACUAGGGGACCCCACAACACAGGUUAUUGAACUGGAAGGCAUUCUUUUUAUUUUGUGAGUGAAGUUUUUGGAGGGAAAUGAAGAACUUGUGGGGACUGAACUCUGGCUAGGAUCACUCACUGGGACAUCUUUGUCCAUUUUGAAAAGAAAAGCCAUUGGACCGUUGCAUUGGGAACAACCCUUUCUUUAGAAUCUUUUUUUUUUUUUUUAAUUUAUGCCAGAUUUAUCAAAGACAUCCUCCCAAAUUUUCUUAUCAGUCCAGUGACAGGGAUUGUCUAGCUGUUAUGCAUCUUUACUAGACACUGCAUCUUAUAAUAUGUACAUAAUGAUAUAUAGGUGGGAAUUUUAUAAUCCUCUUUUUCCUUUCUUUAUUAA